AUGACUGGUCCAAAGGCUUACCUGAUAUAUUCCAGCAGUGUGGCAGCUGGUGCCCAGAGUGGUAUUGAAGAAUGCAAGUAUCAGUUUGCCUGGGACCGGUGGAACUGUCCUGAGAGAGCCCUGCAGCUGUCCAGCCAUAGUGGCCUUCGCAGUGCUAAUCGGGAGACAGCGUUUGUACAUGCCAUCAGCUCUGCUGGGGUCAUGUACACUCUGACUAGAAACUGCAGCCUCGGGGAUUUUGACAACUGUGGCUGUGAUGACUCCCGCAAUGGGCAGCUGGGGGGCCAAGGCUGGCUGUGGGGAGGCUGCAGUGACAACGUGGGCUUCGGAGAGGCAAUAUCCAAGCAGUUCGUCGAUGCCCUAGAGACAGGACAGGAUGCCCGGGCCGCCAUGAACCUGCACAACAAUGAGGCUGGCCGCAAGGCGGUGAAGGGCACCAUGAAACGCACGUGUAAGUGCCACGGCGUGUCCGGCAGCUGCACCACGCAGACCUGCUGGCUGCAGCUGCCUGAGUUCCGCGAGGUGGGCGCGCACCUGAAGGAGAAGUACCACGCGGCUCUCAAGGUGGACCUGCUGCAGGGUGCCGGCAACAGUGCGGCCGGCCGCGGCGCCAUCGCCGACACCUUCCGCUCCAUCUCCACGCGGGAGCUGGUGCACCUGGAGGACUCCCCGGACUACUGCCUGGAGAACAAAACGCUAGGACUGCUGGGCACCGAAGGCCGAGAGUGCCUGCGGCGGGGGCGGGCCCUGGGCCGCUGGGAGCGCCGCAGCUGCCGCCGGCUCUGCGGGGACUGCGGACUGGCGGUGGAGGAGCGCCGUGCCGAGACCGUGUCCAGCUGCAACUGCAAGUUCCACUGGUGCUGCGCCGUCCGCUGCGAGCAGUGCCGCCGGCGGGUUACCAAGUACUUCUGCAGCCGCGCCGAGCGGCCGCGGGGGGGCGCGGCGCACAAACCCGGGAGAAAGCCCUGAGGGUCUCCUUUCUCCCCUCCUUUCCCCAUUUGUCCUUGGCUUCUUUUAGAGACCCCAGUAAUAGAGGAACCUAGGGAACUGUCCCCCCUCCCCCCCACAUUCCCCUGCCCAGGGAUCCCAAGAGGGAGAGACGCUACAAUCUCUCCAGAGCUUGCCACUUUCCACCCCUUUCCUAGCUCUUUGCCCUCCUCCAGUCCAUCAUCACCCUGCAUCAUCCUCACGGUCCACACUUAGGUCUGAGGGCUCCCAGUUCUGAGAUUCUGAUUCUCCUUGGACUAGGAUGAGAAUAAGUGUUCUUCCUCCCCUUCCUAGCUGCCCUAACGCCUGACCUAGCCUAUACAGCCGUAGGGAACCGGAAGAACACUUCUCCGAUAUACAGGGUCAGGCUAAAGCCCUGCUUCUCUCUUUUGCCCAUUUUCUUGCCCUCCCGCCAUUUCCCCAUUUUCCUACUGCCAGGUCUCUACCAUAGCCACAUCUUUUUUUUUUUUUUUUUUUCUGCAGAGCUCCUUCCAUGCUUUUGAUUCCUUGCUAACUGUUGACAGGCACCCCAGUGAUCUCUAAUGCUUCCUCUCUCCUUUUCCCUUUCCCUUAAGAAAAAUUGUGACAAAACUGAUGCAGGAGAAAGCAUGUCUUUGGGGGUCGUUUCCUAGAGGCAGGGCCUGAAGAUGGAAGCAGUGGGAACCCCAGAGUGCCGACUUGCUGGAAACUAGGGUGUUCCUCAUCCUUGUGAUACACGUCUCCAGUGGACUUUGCCAGUCAGACCUUCAUAGACAAUCACCCCAGGUGCUCCAGGCAGACCCCCCGUGUUUGGAACUAUGUAAGGGCAGAUUACGAGUCACUUGCUAUCUUUUAACGUCAGCUUCUCCCUACUGUUUCCUCCUAGCCGCCGCCGUUACCUCUUCUCCUUCCCCAAAUGAUCCUUGCUCCUUUGAGCCAAGACUGAGCUAAGGAAUGUCAAUUUCCCAUUCAGAUCCCAGCUUGCACCUCUAAAAGCAGAUCAUAAAGCAGGAGAAGCUGGGACCCUUUCUUUUCACAAACCUGGAUCUCAAACAGGCAGGAUUCAGGGCAUUGGAUACUUUCCUUUGAUAGGUAAACUUCCUGCAGGGAAACUUUCCAAUAGGAAGUUCAGCACCUCAAACUUUAAUUUAUUACAGUCACUGUGAUAUGUGCCUUCUUUUCUAGGUAUUGAACUUAUUCCUGGGGACACAGGUAAGGGUGAGUGGAAGAUAGAACGUCUAGGCCCUCUCUUCCCUUCCACCUUGCCAGAACACUAUCCUCCCUUAAGCCUCACUUCCCUGAUGGCCUAAGUAGUUACACUGGUCUGUAUGAGGCUAAUCUGCCAACAAUUAGUGAAUAAUCCACAUAAACCUUCCACCAAUACAUUCACUCAGUAGCUAAGAGCUCACUGCUUGUGGUGCUUGA